CGGCCGGCCGUGCCGCCGCCAGCGUCGCCGCCAUGGACCUAGGGCCCUUGAAUAUCUGUGAAGAAAUGACAAUACUGCAUGGGGGCUUCUUGCUGGCUGAGCAGCUAUUCCUCCCUAAAGCCCUGUCUGAACUGACCAAGUCUGACUGGGAGCACGUUGGGCGGCCCAUUGUGGAGGCCUUAAGGGAGAUCUCGGCCAUAACAGACUCACAGACAUUUUCCUGGAAGAAGAAGGCUCUGAUCAUCAUAUGGACCAAGAUUCUUCAGCCUUCCCCUGCAACCCCUUCCGACAUUGAAACUCGCUGGCAGGAAGACGUUUUCUUUUCGGUGGGUAACAUGAUCCCUACCAUCAACCACACGGUCCUUUUUGAGCUGUUUAAAUCCUUGGAAGCUUCAGGACUUUUUAUCCAGCUCUUGAUGGCCCUGCCUACUGCUAUAUGCCGCUCAGAACUUGAGCACUUUCUGGAGCACAUGACUAUUGACACUUCUUCAAAGGAUGUGGCCUUCUUCCUCAACCUCUGGUGGGAGAUGAUGAAGCACAAGGGCAACCAGCAGGACUCCCUGCUGUCCCAGUUUCGGACCGUGGCCCAUCAAUAUGUGUCAACGUCUGAUGAGUUCUCCCACCCACCAAAGAGGUUUAAGUCAGACCCGGAUGUAAGCCCCACCAUGCCCCUGUUGGCCAUGCUAUUGAGUGGGCUGAAGCAAAUCCAGAACAGCAUCCAAUGUCCCAGGAUGAAGUGCUACGCCCUGGCCAACCUCACUGACAUGCUCACCAUUUUUGCCUUGAUGGAAGAUGACCCCCAGGAAGUUUCUGCCACUGUGUAUUUAGACAAACUGGCCACAGUGAUCUCCGUGUGGAACUCAGACACUGAGAAUCCAUACCACCAUCAGGCGCUGGUAGAAAAGGUAAAGGAGGCAGAGAGGGACGUCAGCCUCACCUCUCUGGCCAAGCUCCCCAAUGAGACUAUCUUUAUGGGGUUCGAGUUCCUGCGCAGCCUGCUGCAGGAGUGGGGAGAGGAACUGCAUACUCUGCUCAACAGCAGCCAGGACACCAGCUAUGACAGCUACCGGCUCUGUGACAGUCUCACUUCUUUCAGCCAGAACCUGAGGCUCUACGUGGAUACCACCAGCUUGUCCAAGGAGGAACGACAAGUGGUCUCAGAGCUGGCGGAAUGUGUUGCUGAUUUUCUGAGGAAAACAGCCAGGGCAAUGAACAACAAAGGCAUUGAGAAGGAUAUCACAGCUGCCAUCGCCAUGGCCAUCAUUGAGCAGAAAAUGGACCGGCAUAUGGAAAUAUGCUACAUUUUUGCUUCAGAGAAGAAAUGGGCCUUCUCUGAUGAGUGGCUGACCUGCCUUGUAAACAGCCAAGCUCUCUUCCACGAACCAGAGCUGAUAUUAAAACUGUUGGAGACUGUGGUGGAGGUCAGCAGGGCAGACAGAGUCAUUCCUGAAUUUCAGGUCAAGCAAGUGAUCACCUUGAUUCUGGAAUGUUAUGCCAGUCUCUCGCUGUCUGAUAAAAAUAAAGUCCUCUCCGGAGUCCUAUCUUCCUGGGGAUGGAAGGGGCUCUCUGAGAAGUUGUCUGCUUAUUUGGAGGGGUUUCAGGAUGACCUCAAUACUACAUUUAACCAGCUUGUACAGAGUCCUUCUGAGCAAGGCUUGGCUAAAGCAGUAGCGUCUGUGUCCCACCUGUUGAUUCUGUACCCGGAGGUGACAGUGAAGAAAAUGUGCAGUAUGGUUAUCAGCCAUCUAGGCGUCCACAGGUUCCUGGCUCAGAUUCUCACUGCCUUCCCUGUGCUCAAGUGCUCACAAGCAGCCUCACAGGAGGCUGUGAGUCCAGCCUCCACUCUCGUGCUGUCAUGCCUCAAAGAUGCAGUCUGGGGGAAGCUGACUACACCCAAGGAAGAAAAGCAGUUUUUGGAGUUCCUGAGUUGCCUGAUGCAGCCUGUAAAGCCCCAGGGGAUUCCAGUGGCUGCUCUCCUGGGGCCAGACGAGGUGCUAACAGCAUUAGUCCUGCCUUUCUUGAUGCUUGAUGUCAAAGAGGUGGAGCUCAGCGUGAAGAUCUUCCUCCAGACCUUGGAAGCCAAUGCCUGCCUAGAGGCAUACUGGCUCCAGACCUGUUUCCCCUUCCCCCUCAUCUUCAGUGCCUGCCAGCUCCUGGAUGGCUUCAGCAAAUACUGGCAGCUCUCCAAGGAGAAGCAGUAUCUCUCCCUGGAUGGGAAGGACCUGGUGAUCCAUAUCCUGGAUCUCCUCUGUGAGGCUGUCUUAGCUAAUAUCGAGGCCAUCUCCCCAGACACCUGGAUCAAGUCCCUUUCGUGGCUCCACCGGAAGUUAGAGCAGCUGGACUGGACUGUGGGCCUGAGACUGAAGAAUUUCUUCGAGGGACACUUCAAGUGUGAAGUGCCAGCCACACUCUUUGAGAUCUGUAAGCUCUCUGAGGACGAGUGGACCUCGCAGGCCCACCCUGGUUAUGGGCCUGGCACUGGGCUGUUGGCCUGGAUGGAGUGCUGCUCCAUCGCCACGAGCAUCUCAGACCAGAUGCUCUCACUCUUGAUAAUAGAUUUGAACAACCCCGAAGAGGUCAGACUGUUCAGCAAGGGCUUUCUGGUGGCUCUGGUGCAGCUCAUGCCAUGGUGCAGCACCCAGGAAUGGCAGUGCCUUCACCAGCUGACCAGGAGGCUGUUGGAGAAAAAAUUCCUACACGUCCCUUAUAGCCUGGAAUAUAUUCAGUUUGUUCCUCUCCUCAAUCUGAAGCCAUUUGCCCAGGAGCUACAGCUUUCUGUCCUCUUCCUGAGAGCAUUCCAGUUUCUCUGCAGUCAGAGCUGUCGAAAUUGGCUUCCUCUGGAUGGCUGGUACCACGUGGUCAAACUGCUUUGUAGCAGCCUGUCCAACGUCCUGGACACUAUCAGGUCGAUUCAGUCAGCUGGCCCCUGGGCCCAAGAACACAACCAGGAUCUGACCCAGGAAAGUCUCUUUGUUUAUACCCAGGUGUUCUGUCAUGUUCUGCACAUCAUGGCCAUGCUCCACCAAGAUGUGUGUGACCCCCUCUAUGUGUUGGCUUUAGAAAUCCUCAGCUGCUAUGAAACACUGAGCAAGACCAAACCUUCUGUGAGUUCUGUGCUCCAGAAGGCUAAUGAGCAACGCUUCUUAAAGUCCAUCGCAGAGAACAUUACCCCGGAGGAGCGGCGCCACACUCUGCUGCAGAAGAUCAGCAGUUUCUGACCUCUACAGGUUAAAAACCAGCAGAGCCUUGACUUGGUGGGCUAGAUGGGGGGUUGGCUAAGCAGCACAAAUUUUUUAGUAAUGGGAAGUUUUACACAAGCCAAAACACCCAAUGGCUAAAACUAUACAGAAAAUAGUUUCUUAGGUGUUUGUAACAUACAGAUUAUAAUAAAAUUCUCUUGUAUUUCUA